ACAGAAAUGAGCCAGCAGAAUACAACAGAGUUACCUACUGGGGCCUCUGAAUGCACAACAUCCCAGAGGGAGCCCACCCUGAGGGGCACAACUGCAUCCAAUAAUGAUUUAGCCACUCUUUUUGAGUGUCCCAUCUGCUUUGACUGUGCAUUACCACCCAUAUUCCAGUGUCACAGUGGCCAUCUUCUGUGUAGCAACUGUCACCCAAAGCUCACUUGUUGUCCAACCUGCAGGGGCCCAUUGGGAUCCAUUCGCAACUUGGCCUUGGAGAAACUGGCCACUUCAGUACUUUUUCCUUGCAAAUAUGCCCCUUAUGGAUGUGAAACAACUCUGCCACCCCAAGGAAAAGUAAGCCAUGAAGCACUAUGUGAGUUUCAGCCUUGCCCCUGCCCCUGCCCAGGUACUUUCUGUAAGUGGCAAGGCGCUUUGGAUGUUGUCAUCCCACAUCUAAAGAAUCAACACCCAUUUGUUGCAACCCUGAAGGGAGAGGAUAUAAUUUUCCUUGCUACAAACAUCAAUCUUUCCAGGGCUCUAGACUGGGUGAUGAUCCAGUCCUGUUAUGGCUUUCAUUUUAUGAUAGUCUUGGAGAAGGAAAAACAUGAGGGGUAGCAGCAGUUUUUUUCCAUCCUACAGCUGACAGGAACAUGCAAGCAAGCUGAAAAUUUUGCUUACAGACUUGAGCUAACUGAUCAUAAGCAGCGAUUGACUUGGGAAGCCACUCCUCUAUCUAUUCAUGAGGAAAUUGAAAUAGCCAUUAUAAAGAAGGACUGCCUAGUCUUUGACACAAGAACUGCACAGAGAUUUGCAGAAAAUGGCAAUUUAGGUAUCAAUGUAUCUAUUAACAAGUGUUAA